AUGGAGGAAAAAAGUGUGGAAAAUGUGGGCGUGACGCUCUAUCCAGCAGAUUACGAGGUUGUCGAGAUGGUGACGGAUCAGGGCAAGGAGAUCGUGCAACAGGAGUUUACGGAAGCGCAGUUGUUCCUGCACUCGAUUCAAGAGCUGGAACGUGUGCGAACGCAAAGGAAGAAGACGACACCACAGAAAGCAAACGAUAAGGACAAUAUUUCCAUUCAUGAGUCGAAUGGAGUGAAAGAAGAAGAUGGUGAGGAGUUUACAGAGACUGCUGAAGUUGUUGAGGAGAUAGACGAGUCGGUGGAAAAUGCCGACGACGAGGAGAAAGUGAUUGAUCCGAGAAUUCAUUACCGCCCCAUGGUGGCAGAACUUCAAGCAGCAGUUGCUGAAUUACAUCAACUCAUUAACUCUAUUGACUUGAUCCGUCGUCGUGACUUCCUUGAGGAGAUGCGUUGCAUUCGUGAGAAUACAGCACCAAAGCGAGAGGAAUUGGAAAAGCUCUUGGAGGCAAAAAGAGCUCAAGUAAAAGAAAGUGGCACGAUAUUGCUGAAUGGAGUUGAAGCGCUGGCCAAGACGGUGGAAAAGGAAAGUGUGUUCUUUCAGGGUGUUACACAGAUGGUGCGCAAGUGGAAAAUUUGUGCACCUAUUCAUGGAACCAUUCCGAAACCAUUUCGUGCGGGCGAGCCACUUGCAGUAGAUUGCAGCUAUGACAGCGCGGGAUCAUCUUUCGUGCCACAGACGCGAUCGAUCGCUGAUCUUGCUUAUGCCGAGCUGAGCCGCACGGAAAAGGGACUUGUGCGCGUAAAGACCCCUGAAGACUUUCUGACUCGUACGAUCCAGCUGAAGCUUAAAGCAAGUGAUACAGGAAAGGAGGGAAAUUACAUAUUACCAUCACCCUCUCUAAUUCAUAUGACUAAGGCAGAAAUGGAUAAGUUGAAUGAUACGCCUGAAGAUCUGAAAGUCCUGGAAGAGCGCAACAUGUCGGUUCUGAAGGCAGUGCAGUUCUCUGUGUUUUGUGAGGAACUAUUUUACACGUUAAUGAAAGAGGCGCUUCAGAAUACAUUCAAGUGGACAGAUACGGCAUUCAGUAGCAGCAGCUACGCUGUCAGGAAGCACGGAAGAGAGAAUAGCGCUGUCGUGGACACUCCCAUUUCAGUUUUGCAAGUGCUGGAUGACGAGAUUCAUCUUCGCGUGAACGAACGAUACCAUCUGACGAUCAAACUUGUAGAUGUCAAGAGUUUGACUAAGCACAAUAAUACGGCAACGGAGAAAAAGGAGACAGACGAAGCUCCAGAAGCGGUUAGCGAAAAACUAGGGCAGGACAUCGAGCCUGUCACAGAUAUAAAGAUGGUAGAACCCAGAGCAGAGGAUACGCUGUUACCGAGCAGCAGUCCAGUCAAACUACGGCGUGCUGCGUCUACCUCAUAUUCGUCCCCUGCUGAUAGUGAUGAAGCCUUUUUGACCCAAACUUGUCGGUACACGCUCCUUCUCUUACAACAAGAAAUUCGGACUCGUCACGGCCGGAAGGACAUAUCGCGGGCGUUGUUGUACACGGGCCCAGACAUAUCGACGCCUGGUGGAGGUGGUGUGAAUGCUGGCAAUUCCGGCACUAGUACCGGCGGUGCUGCUGGAAUGGGCCUCGCAAGCGAGAUUGACAAACAAGACAAAACCCUGGCAACAGCCUUGGCUGUCUUAGCCCAUAGUCUGCUAAAAUAUGAAGUGACGCGAUACCUGGAUGAAGUGUCCUCGGUGUUUGCUUUUCAGCAGCUGCAAACAUCAGCUUCAGGCCGCGUUCUUGAUGAUGGCUUAUUGCAGCCAAUUUGCGAUUCAGUGCGUGGUGUUUACGUGAGUCCGCGAUGGAAAACUUGUGCGUUUGACUCGACACUUUCAGCAUUUGAUUUGAAUGUUGGCAAGAAUUUCUCCACGGAGGUUCUUAUUUCCGGAGCACGCAUUCUUGUUCAGACCGGAAUUGCCUCACAACGUGAGGUGUCAGGUGUCGAUGGGCUGCGCGAGUUUGUUGAGACGGCCGUGUGUUCUCAGGUAGCCCUUGCACUACACCGCGAUGCGGUGUCGUUCGGUGUAAAACAGAGCUCAAUGAAUUUGGACCGCACAAGUGUCCGCCUUGUGGUCACUGGCGAGUGGGACGGUAGCUGCAUUGGUGAGGGCCGUGUAUCAGAUUCAAGAUCGGUCGGGUCAAUUUUUCUCGAGCCGUACAUUGCUGAUGAUGGCAGCCUAGCCAUUAAUUGCUUGCUGCAAGUUGUUGAUGCAAGCAAGUUGGCGCCCAUACAAGCUACACUUUGCCGCUCAACGUCGGGGGAGGUGCACAAGGUAGAUUGGAAGCGGAUACCUGGCUCAAGUGACGCGAUCAAGAUGCUUUGGCUGAUGCAGAAGACUGAAGUGCUUUCUGAUCCAUUCAAGGUGUCUACAAAGUAUAAGGUUGCACAGUUAUCUAACGGCACCUAA